GUAAGAUCUGACAGAGAUUUAAAAGCUCUUGGUCACUUUUGAAUUAGAUCAUCUAGUUAUUUUGUUUAACGGAGCAUGAGAAUGGAGAUCUGCGGUCUUGUGUCUAAGAAAAAUGAGCCAGUGCCUCUGAAGAGCAUCUCAGUAGAGGUUCGGGUUCAGGAUCAUGUAGCCACAGUCUCCUCCACUCUGCAGUAUGUGAAUGAGGAAGAGCGCCCCCUGGAGGCCUUGUUCGUCUUCCCUCUGCCUGCUGAUGCUGCUGUCUGCCACUUCAGUGCCAAGAUCGGAGAGCAGGAGAUUGUGGCAGAGGUGCAAGACAGACAGAGUGCGAGGUAUCAGUAUGAUGAUGCUGUGAGUUCGGGUCAGCAGGCGUUUCUGUUGGAAGAGAGUGAAGAGAGUCCUGAUGUGUUCAAAAUGAGUGUUGGGUGUCUGUCUGCGGGUCAGAACGCUGCCGUCACCAUCAUCUACAUCAUCGAGCUCACUGUGCAGGCCGACCACUCGCUGCGCCUCUGUCUGCCGGCUGUACUCAACCCCCGAUAUACACCAGCAGGUCCUACAGCAGCUGCUUCAGGUUCAGGUGCUGGUAUAGUCUCAGAGAUUUCAUCAGGAGCUGUUCCCUACACGCUGACUCUCAGUGUCCAUGUGAGCUCUCCAAAGCCCAUCUCCAAAAUAGAGUCCAACUGCACUCUGGAUCCUCUAGUGUUCCUCCACUCUGAUCACAGUCAGGCUACGGUGAAUCUGAGUCCUGGUCACAUGUUUGAUAAGGAUGUUGAGCUGUUUGUGUACUAUCAGGAUACCCAUCAGCCCUCUGCUAUAGUGGAGGCAGGAGUGACCACUGCCCCACCAGGCUCUCUGAUGAGGGACCCAGUGGUCAUGAUAAGUUUGUACCCAGAGUUCCCAGAGGAAGAGAUGAAAUCACUGGCAACACGUGGUGAGUUUGUUUUUGUGAUUGACAGAUCAGGCAGUAUGGGCAGCAUGAUGCAUCAUGGGAAAGGAGCACAAAUGCGCAUAGAAAGUGCAAAGGACACUCUGCUGUUACUGUUGAAGAGUCUGCCCAUGGGAUGCUACUUCAAUAUCUAUGGAUUUGGCUCUCGUUUUGAGUCCUUCUUCCUUCGAAGUGUCGUGUACAAUCAGGACACAAUGGAUCAGGCUCUGAAGAGAGUGAAGGAAAUGCGAGCAGACAUGGGCGGCACAGAGAUUUUACAGCCUCUAAAACACAUCUACAGUCAGCACUGUUACCCCGAUCACCCCAGACAGCUGUUCAUCUUCACUGAUGGAGAGGUGGGAAACACUAAAGCGGUGCUGGACCUGGUGAAAAGUCAUGCUCACUCUCACAGGUGUUUCUCAUUCGGGAUUGGUGAGGGUGCAAGUGCCGCCCUCAUCACAGGAAUGGCCAGGGAGGGAUCUGGUCACGCUCAGUUCAUCACAGACACCGACCGCAUGCAGCCCAAAGUGAUGCAGUCGCUCAGGUUUGCACUGCAGCCCGCUGUGGUUAAUAUCUCUGUGGAUUGGACCCUUCCUGAUGGCGUUACUGUUGACACACUGUCUCUACCAAUCAAUGUGCUCUUCCAAGGUCAAAGGACACUCAUUUAUGCCCAACUUAAAGGAGAGAGUUCAGGAGGCUCUGAGGGAUCAGUGACAGUCAAAUAUAGUCUUAAAGAUCAACAAGUAACAAACCAGCUCCACUUCUCCCUCAAACCAACUGAGGAAACAGGGUUGUCCAUUCACCGGCUGGCGGCUCGGACCCUGAUCCGUUCUCUGGAGCAGAAGGAGAGGUCAGUUGGUGCAGAUGUUGAGGGCAUCAGGAGCAGGAUGGUGGAGCUCAGUGUUCAAGCAGGAGUGAGCAGUGUUCAUACAGCCUUCAUUUCUGUGAAUAAAGACAGCAGACAGACUGUGAAAGGACCCCUGCUGCAGAGAAGAGUGCCGACAUACACUCUGCCAUGCCGUGGAUGUGCCUCAUCACUGGCAGAUAUGAAUCUAUUCGGACCUUUAGUUUCUCUGCCUGUAGCCAAUCAGCCAACAUACUCAGGGCUCUUAGAUCACAUCAGGCAAGGGGUGAAUUUGUGGCAUUUAAUGGAUGAUGCACCAUCUGUUCCACCACGGACCUCUGGAAGUACUAGGUCACUGAGGAACACAUCAUUCUAUCGCGGUUCCGAAGCUUUUUCUGUGGAACGUGGAAGUGCUUUGUCACCCUUAGAUGCACCACCUGCUCAGCCAGAGACCUCUGAACGUAUUGAGCGUAUGUCACGAAGGAAACUGCGUCAAGCUGCGUCUCCAAUUUGUGUGUUUCAGGAAUAUGGAAGUGCUUUGUCACUGACAGGUGCACCACCUGCUCAGCCAGAGACCUCUGAACGUAUUGAGCGUAUGUCACGAAAAGCACCACUUGCUCAACCACGGCUCUCUGAACGUACUAUACGUAGGUCACAAAAUAUGGAAGACUUGAUUGUAGGUCUUGUGAGGCAUGGAUAUGACUUGUCACUGGCAGAUGGUUCUGUGGGCUUCCAAGGCUUUGAUGAUAAAGAUGACGACGUAGAUUGCAGACAAGAAUGGGACUAUAAAGAAGACAAAAAAGAUUGGAAUGAGAAAAAAAAAAGUGGAAUAAGAAGAAGCGGAAAACCCCUGAAAACUUUGACUGCUCCUGAGCCCCCAGAAGGGACACUUCUUCAAUUGGUUUCUCUUCAAAAGGCGUCAGGCUGCUGGGAUCUGGACGCCACACUGGCUGAUGUGUUUGGAAAGAGGAAGGAUGCGCUGAACAGUCAGAAACCAGCACAGGUGGAUGGGUCAGUAUGGGCCACUCUUCUGGCUCUGAUCUGGUUAUACGGCUGUAAAAUAGAGCAGCAGGUGGAGUGGCAGUUUGUGGCCAUGAAAGCAGCGUCAUGGAUCGGCUCUCAGAAAGUGGGUGAUCUGUCUCAGUGUGUGUGUGUUGGGAAUGUCCUGCUCGGAUGUCAGGUGACCAAAGAGACUCUGGGAAUCUGAAGACGUCUGUGUUUCUACAUCCUGAUCCGUCAGAAGACCAAAGAAUUGUUUCAUUCAUAUUACUGUCUUACUGUAGUUCAUAUUAUUAGCUUAAGUUGACACCAGAUUAUUAUGUAACAAAUUAUCAAUUAUAUUACAAAUUUAAUGUAAAAAUAAUUUCAAUAAGAUUAAACAAAACAAAUCAGUUUCUACUCUAUUCACAUAGCUCUUUUCAUGUAAUGUCUUCUUCUGACUUUGACAACACCGUGUGUGAUAAAGAGGCUGAAAUAAAUUUCAUUAACACUCCA